GCGCGCGGCCGGCCCUGCCGCUGUCGCUGCUGCUGCUUCUGCGGUAGCCGGUCCCGGUGCGGGGAGGCUAGUGGGCGGACCAACAGACGGACGCACACGCAGGAACGCUGCGCCCCCCGGCCCCGCUCCAGCUCCGCCGCCCGCCCCCAGGCCGCCGGUUCAGCCACCACUCGUCUCGGUGUUGCUCGGCGCCCCGGUUCGCCAUGCGCCGCGCCGGUGUCCUGGCGCUUCUGCUCUGCGCGGGGCAAGUCAUUGCCCUCCCUGUGAACAGCCCUAUGAAUAAAGGGGACACUGAGGUGAUGAAGUGCAUCGUUGAGGUCAUCUCUGACACACUGUCCAAGCCCAGCCCCAUGCCUGUCAGCCAGGAGUGUUUCGAGACACUCCGAGGAGAUGAACGGAUCCUCUCAAUCCUGCGACAUCAGAACUUGCUGAAAGAGCUCCAAGACCUCGCUCUGCAAGGUAUUACCCAGUCACUGUCUGUGAUCUGGGUAAAUUCCAGUAACAGAGUCAGAAAGUCAUGGUGGAAGAUUGAGCAAGUGCAGGUCUGUGGUCCCAGGGGGAGGGGCAGGGACUGGGGAAGGGCAGUCCUCCCUCACUGUCCUGCUCUUGUCCCCCACCUGCCCCCAGGCUGGUCCGAGGCUCUGGCCGAGGGUGGAGCCAGGAAGACUGGGGCGGAGGAGGCACCGCGCCCCGAGGGGAAGGGGCAGCACUCCCAGCAGGAGCAGGAGGAGCGGCUCUCCAAGCAGUGGGAGGAUGCCAAGCGGUGGAGCAAGAUGGACCGGCUGGCCAAGGAGCUGACGGCCGACAGGCGGCUGGUGGCAGAGGACGAGGAGGACGACCCUGACCGCCCCAUGAAGCCCGCCUCCAGGGCCCGGGCCGAUGGCUCCCGGGGCCCUGGGCUGCAGCUGCGACGAGACUGGAGGCCGUCCUCCCUGGAGGACAGCGUGGAGGGGGGCCUGCCCCUCCAGGUGCGCAGCUACCCGGAGGAGAAGAAAGAGGAGGAGGGCAGUGCCAACCGCAGACCAGAGGUUGGUACUGGGUGGGAGCCGGCCCCGGGACGGGCCUCCGGAGUGUGGGCCCAGCUGGGAGGGCAGCCCCACCCGGGUGUGCGGCCCCUGCCCCGCUGAGAGCACAUGGUCCCC